AUGAUGUCAGCGGUUGAAAGGCACGGACCGUAUUUCACUCGCGAGCCCAACCAUACCAAUGAUUUCUCAAACAGUACGGGAGCUGUGAUCUACUGUUCAGCGAAUGGCAAUCCGAUGCCAAGCAUUAGAUGGGAGACCAAAGAUGCAAUCGUUGUCAACGAAAUCUCUGGUGUUCGUCAUAUAAGACACGAUAAUUCUCUGGUAUUCCCGCCCUUCAGAGCCGAAGAUUACCGACAAGAUAUUCACUCAAAUAUAUACCAAUGUAUUGCCAGUAAUUCUGUGGGAACCAUAAGAAGUCGUUACGUUCAAGUCAGAGCUGUGAAUGAAUGUGAAGAAGAAGUGGACGAAUAA